CUGAUAAUAUCAUCAAUGGCUGUUUUGGUACUUUGCAACUCAAGUAUUUACUGUAGUAAUGUCAAUUACACUGCCCUAACUGGUAAUAAUAGACAAUACCACUCAAAGUGCAAUGGGUCUAUGGUGAAUUGGAAGAAACAUAGGAGAAAAAUGGUGGGUCUUUGUGGGUUUGUGAUGAAAAGCUCACAUGGGUUAAUGGCAGUAAGUGGGAAGCCAAAUGGUGGUAUGUCUUCUGAGGAAGCAAUUGGGGUUUUAAAGUCAAUUUCUUCAGACCCAGAGGAAGCUUUUUCAUUCUUUAAGUCUGUUGCUCAGCUUCGUAAUGUUGUUCACACUGCCGAAACCUGUAAUUACAUGCUUGAGCUCUUGAUGGUUCAUAAGAGGGUUGGUGAUAUGGCUGUUGUGUUUGAUUUGAUGCAAAAGCAAAUUAUCUAUAGGAAUUUGAAUACUUAUUUGAUCAUAUUUAAGGCUCUUCGUGUAAAAGGAGGGAUUCGGUAAGCACCAUUUGCACUCGAGCGGAUGAGAAAAGAAGGGUUCGUUUUGAAUGGGUAUUCGUACAAUGGGCUGAUCCAUUUGCUUCUUCAGUCUGGAUGUUGUAAACAGGCUUCGGAGGUUUAUAGAAGAGUCGUUUCAGAAGGGAUUAAGCCUAGUCUCAAGACCUACUCUGCGCUUAUGGUAGCAUCUGGGAAGAGAAGGGAUAUUGAAACUGUCAUGGGCUUACUUGAAGAGAUGGAGAGUUUGGGGUUGAGGCCGAAUGUGUACACUUUCACCAUAUGCAUUAGGGUUCUUGGGAGGGCAGGAAAAAUUGACGAGGCUUAUGGUCUUCUGAAGAGAAUGGAUGACGAGGGCUGUGGACCUGAUGUAAUUACUUAUACAGUUCUCAUCGAUGCUCUUUGUCAUGUGGGGAAACUUGACAAGGCAAAAGAAGUGUUUCUAAAGAUGAAAUCCAGCAGCCAUAAACCUGAUUGAGUGAUUUACAUCACCUUGUUGGAUAAGUUCAGUGACCGUGGAGAUUUGGACACUGUAAGAGAAUUUUGGAGCGAGAUGGAAGCAAAUGGUUAUGUUCCAGAUGUCGUUACUUUCACAAUACUUGUUGAUGCUUUAUGCAAAGCAGGGAAGCUUGAUGAAGCAUUUGGUACCCUUGAUAACAUGAGAAAGAUAGGGAUCUUGCCAAAUCUACAUACUUAUAAUACAUUAAUAGGUGGACUUUUGAGAGUUGAUGGAUUGAAUGAAGCGUUAGAACUUUUUGAUGGUAUGGAAUCGUUUGGCGUGAAACCUACUGCUUACACGUAUAUCCUUUUCAUUGACUACUACGGCAAGUCAGGUGAACCUGAAAAAGCUAUUGAAACUUUUGAGAAGAUGAAACUCUGUGGAAUUGUUCCUAAUAUUGUUGCUUGUAAUGCAUCUUUGUAUAGUCUAGCGGAAAUGGGUAGACUUGGGGAGGCAAAAGGUAUAUUCUAUGGACUUAAAAAGAAUGGACUUGCUCCAGAUUCUAUAACCUACAACAUGAUGAUGAAAUGCUACAGUAAGGCAGGGAAAAUAGAUGAAGCCAUCCAAUUAUUCUCUGAGAUGAUAGAAAAUGGAUGUGAUCCUGACGUGGUUAAUAUCAAUUCUUUGAUUGACACUCUUUACAAGGCUGAUCGGGUAGAUGAGGCAUGGGCAAUGUUUUGCAGAAUGAAGGAGAUGAAGCUUCCUCCUACUGUUGUGACCUUCAACACAUUAUUGGCUGGUUUAGGGAGAGAAUGGAAGGUUCAAGAGGCCAUGGAAUUAUUUGAGAGUAUAACUGCACAAGGGUGCUAUCCAAACACAAUUACCUUCAAUACACUUCUCGAUUGCCUUUGUAAGAAUGAUGAGAUUGAUAUGGCCUUGAAGUUUCUCUUUGAGAUGACAACAAGAAAUUGCUUUCCCGAUGUUUUUACUUACAACACUGUCAUUUACGGUUUAGUUAAAGAGAACAGGGUUAAUGAUGCAUUCUUGUUCUUCCAUCAGAUGAGAAAGAUGCUCUAUCCUGAUGAUAUAACUUUGUGCACCCUUCUACCAGGUGUUGUGAAGGACGGACGGAUUGAGGAUGCUUUUAAGAUCGCAAAGAGCUUUAUUCACCAGGUUAGGAAUCAGACAGACAUCUCUUUUUGGAGAGAUUUAAUUGAAGGAAUUCUGUGUGAUGCUGAAAUUGAUCAGUCCAUUUCAUUUGUUGAAAUAUUGAUAGUUGAUGAGCUUUGCAGAAAUGACUCAGUAUUGAUUCCUCUAAUUAAGGUUAUGUGCAAGCAUAAGAAAGCCCUCAACGCUCACGAACUUUUUGUGAAGUUUACCAGCAGUUUUGGAAUUCAACCUACACUAGAAGCAUAUUAUGUUCUGAUUGAGGGGUUUCUUGAUGUUCAUCUCACUGAAAUGGCUUGGGGUCUUUUUAAGGAGAUGAAAACUGUUGGUUGUGCUCCUGAUGUUUUCACCUACAACUUGUUGCUUGAUGAUCUUGGGAAGUCUGGGAGGGUCGAUGAAAUUUUUGAACUCUAUGAAGAGAUGCUCAGCAGGGGAUGUAAGCCUAACACCAUAACUCACAAUAUAGUUAUUGUUGGUCUUGUCAAGUCUAAUAGAAUAGAGAAAGCCAUAGAUUUGUACUAUGAUCUCAUCAGCGCAGAUUUCAAUCCCACUCCUUGUACAUAUGGUCUUCUCAUAGAUGGUCUCUUAAAGCUGGGAAAUUUGGAUGAAGUGAAGAGUUUCUUUAAUGAGAUGGUGGAUUAUGGAUGUAAACCAAACUGUGCUAUCUACAAUAUUCUUAUAAAUGGAUUUGGCAAAGGAGGGGAUGUGGAAACUGCUUGUGAGUUGUUUAAUAGAAUGGUUAAAGAGGGAAUAAGACCAGAUCUGAAGUCCUACACCAUUCUUGUAGAUUGCCUUUGCAUGUUGGGGAAAGUGGAUGAUGCUGUGCACUACUUUAAGGAAUUAAAGUCGACUGGCAUUGAUCCUGAUUUAAUUUCUUACAACCUUAUGAUUAAUGGCCUUGGGAGAUCAAGAAGAAUAGAAGAAGCUCUCUCUCUUUUCAAUGAGAUGCAAAGUAGAGGGAUUAUUCCUAACCUUUAUACCUACAAUUCCUUGAUUCUCAAUCUUGGGAUUGCUGGAAUGAUCGAGGAAGCUGGGAAAAUGUAUGAAGAACUCCUACUUAAGGGCCUUGAACCUAAUGUUUUCACAUAUAAUGCUCUCAUUCGAGGAUAUAGCAUGUCUGGGAAUCCGGAUCGUGCAUAUGCGGUCUAUGAGAAGAUGAUGGCCGGGGGCUGCAGCCCCAACACUGGGACAUUUGCACAGCUUCCUAAUUAAUUUUGAAUUUUUUGGGGUUACUCCUCGGCUUUUAAUUGUCCUAAUUUCUGAUGCCAGUACUCGAGGCACACAAGGUAUCAAUCCUUUGGAUUUCUUUCUGGCAUAUCCCCAAUAUUCAUCGCUGGCUUUUCUAUUACCUUUUUGAAUUUUAGAUUUCUGACAUUGUUUGUGUAUUAAUUUUAACUUGGCAACCUUUCACUUAAUUUUGCUUACACUUGUUUUCUUUCCA